UGAGAGGCGAGAGGUGCACUCGAUAAGGUUAUUCCCCAACCUUGGUAACAGCACCAACAAUCGAAUAUGGCUUACACAUAUGGCUUUUGUUGUUCACCUUCAAUUUCCUUCUCUCAAAGAAGAAGCUUCAUUUCACCUACCAUUUUUCAAUCUAAAUUACCCCAACAGCUACGUAUCACUCAAAUUUCCUUACAAGAAUCAGUUUCUGAAGUAACAACCAAUCACACCUUAUUACCAGACCCUAUAUCAGAUAAUAAUAAUAAUAAUAAUAAUAAUAAUAAUAAUAAUAAUAAUAAUAUCAAGAAAAAUUAUAUCUGGGUCAACCCCAAUAACCCUAAAGCGUCAAGUUUUAAGCAAAAAACUUUUGAUUCAAGGUACACUGUUCUCAUCCAAGUUGCUGAAUCCUUAAAUUCAUGUCUUCCUUUUGAACUUGAUGUUUUUAAGGUAUUAGAUAGGAAUUUGGGUAGUAAGUUGUCAGAACAAGAUGGUGUUAUUAUUCUUAAUAACCUGUCUAACCCGAAAACGGCUAGAAUCGUGCUUAAAUAUAUUCAAGAUAGAUGUAAUUUGAAUAGAGAGGUUGUUCUGUACAAUGUCACUUUAAAGGUUUUUAGAAAGAGUAAGGAUUUAGAUGGUGCCAAGAGAUUGUUUAAUGAAAUGGUUCUGAGAGGUGUUACGCCUGAUAAUGUUACUUUCUCUACUAUUAUUGGUUGUUCUCGGUUGAAGUCUUUGCCUGGAAAGGCUGUAGAGUGGUUUGAAAAGAUGGCUGGGUUUGGGAUUGAACCGGAUGACAUUACGUAUUCUGUGAUGAUUGAUUGUUAUGGGAGGGUUGGGAAGGUUGAUAUGGCGUUGAGAUUGUAUGAUCGUUCGAGGAAUGAGAAAUGGAGACUUGAUGCUGUGACGUUCACCACAGUGAUAAAGAUAUAUGGGACUAGUGGUAAUUUUGAUGGGUGUUUGACGGUUUUUGAGGAAAUGAAGGCGCUUGGUGUUAAGCCUAAUUUAGUCUGUUAUAACACUUUGUUGGAUGCUAUGGGAAGAGCUAAGAGGCCUUGGCAGGUUAAAUCUAUCUAUCAGCAAAUUCUGAGUAGCGGAUUGACACCUGGCUGGGCUACUUAUGCUGCUCUUAUUCGUGCAUAUAGUAAAGCUCGAUAUGGUGAAGAUGCCUUGAAUGUCUACAAGGAGAUGAGGGCAAAAGGGAUGAAUUUGAAUAAUGUUCUUUACAAUACCCUUUUGUCGAUGUGUGCUGAUGUAGGUUACAUUGAUGAAGCCGUUGGGAUAUUUGAUGACAUGAAGACAUCUUCCGAUCUUCAGCCAGAUAGUUGGACUUAUUCGUCAUUGAUCACGAUAUUCUCCUGUUGUGGAAAGGUCUACGAGGCUGAGACAACAUUGAAAGAAAUGGUAGAAGCGGGUUUUGAGCCUAAUAUAUAUGUUUUGACUUCUUUAAUUCAAUGCUACGGGAAAUCCAAUCGCACAGAUGACGUUGUGAGGACAUUUGACCAAACCAUUGAGCUUGGUAUAACUCCAGAUGAGCGGACUUGUGGUUGUCUUCUCAAUGUAAUGACACAAACUCCACGCGAGGAACUUGGUAAGCUUACAAGAUGUAUUGAAAAGGCCAAUCCAAAGCUAGGUAGUGUAGUGAAACUUCUUGUUGAGUCUAAUACGGAAGAUGAAACAUUCAAGAAUGAAGCUAGUGAAGUACUUGGUGAUGUUGGGGAUGAUGUAAGGAAAGCGUACUGCAAUUGCUUAAUUGAUCUAUGUAUUAACCUUGAUCAGCUAGAGAUAGCAUGUGAUUUGCUUGAGUUGGGGAUUAGUGUUGGAAUAUACAGUGAUAUACAGUCUAAAUCUCCUACAAAAUGGUCGUUACAUUUAAAAAGUCUUUCUCUAGGGGCAGCUCUAACUGCAUUACAUAUUUGGAUAAAUGAUUUGACCAAGGCUUUAGACGAAGGCACGGAGCUCCCCCCAUUGCUUGGAAUCAAUACUGGACAUGGAAAACACAAGUACUCUGAUAAAGGAUUGGCAGGUGGACUUCAAUUACAUCUCAGAGAGCUAAAUGCUCCUUUCCACGAGGCACCUGAAAAGGCUGGCUGGUUUUUAACAACAAAAGUUGCUGCCAAGUCGUGGCUGGAAGCUAGACGUGAAGAUAUUAUGGUUGCUGCUUAAGUGCAUGCUUUAGUCAAGUCUUGUAUUCUUAAUUAGCCCAAGCUGCUAAAAGUUUUGUACUAAUGAGUUGUAUCCAUUGAGUUCUUCAUUAGAUUUGGAUUAUUUGUUCUAUAUGCUCACGCAGCUUAUAAAAGAUAAUCUGAUUAUGGACCA